AUGGAAAUCCUGAUUCAACCACAACCACAAAAUGUGCAGCAUUUAAUGCCAAAUAAAUCGACUGAAGAGCCUAUUAUAAGUAUUCAACUUUCAGAAGAGCCAAUACAACUAAAUUUGACCCCUUUAUUAAGUCCCGUGACUCCUCCACUAAAUUCCAACGAGACUCUUCCAUUAAGUUCUAAAGUGACUUCUCCAUUAAAUUCCAAUGUGACACCUCCAUUAAGUUCUAAUGUGACAACUCCACUAAGUUCCAAUGUGACAACUCCAUUAAAUUCCAAUGUGACAACUCCAUUAAAUUUUGAAAAUUCUAUAUCCGAAAAAUCAGAUUCAAUUAUUAGUAGAGCUAAACUUCAUGAAUCGGUUAAAUCAUCAAAAAACUAUGGACCAUAUUUUCGAGGUGAUUUACGCUUAUCGAAAAAUUUUAAAGAUGAUUGUGAAUGUCAAUGUUAUCACUGGUAUUACGACAAACCAAUCAGAAAAACUAGUGAAUAUUUUUCAGUAGAAGAAUUCGAAGUAUAUCAAGUUUUAGGCGGUUCAAGUGCAAAAGUUAAAGAAGCGCU